AUGGCCGCAGAGCGCAACCCAAGUACUGCUUCUGGCAUGCACCGCAAGUCAGUCGCCGAGGAACCUGUCACCUCAGUCCUUGAUCCUGGGGUGGUUCCCGUGUACGAGCGCGAGUUAACUGCCGAUGAGGAGGUCCUGGCAGCGCUGGGUUACAAACCCGAAUUCAAGCGCGAAUUCUCGCUCUGGACCUCUUUCUGUGUGUCUUUCGCCGUCCUGGGCUUACUGCCGUCCUUCGCCUCGACCGUCUGGUAUGGGAUGGGCUACGCAGGGACCCCCGGUAUGGUGUGGGGAUGGUUGAUUGCAAUGGCAUUCAUCCAAUGCGUCGCAAUGGGCAUGGCUGAACUCUGCUCUUCCAUGCCCACCUCCGGAGGUCUUUAUUACGCCUCAGCCGUGCUUGCACCUCCAGGGUACGGGCCUCUUGCUGCGUGGAUCACUGGCUGGUCCAACUGGCUGGUCCAGGUCACCGGUGCCCCUUCAGUGGACUACUCCCUGGCGUCCAUGAUUCUGGCUGCUGGAUCCAUCAACGACCCUUCCUACGUUCCCCAAAACUACCAAAUAUUUCUCCUUACCACUUUGAUCAUGAUCCUCCACGCCAUGAUCUCGUCGAUGCCCACCCGAUGGAUCGCUACCUUCAACUCAUACGGCAGCACCUUCAACAUCAUUGCAUUGGUGAUCACCAUCAUCGCUAUUCCAGCCGGUACCAAUCGCACUGACAAAGGCCUGCCGCGGUUCACCAAAAGCAGUACUGUCUGGGGCAACUUUUACGAAGGAACCGACUUCCCCAACGGCGUGGCGAUCCUCAUGUCUUUUAUUGCCGUCAUCUGGACCAUGUCUGGCUAUGAUGCGCCUUUCCACCUGGCAGAAGAAUGCAGCAACGCCAACAUUGCCAGUCCCCGGGCCAUUGUCCUGACCUCCGCAGUAGGAGGCGCGUUUGGUUGGUUCCUGCAAUUGGUGGUGGCUUAUACCGUGAUCGAUAUUGACGAUGUCCUCAACUCCCCUAUUGGCCAACCUUGGGCUUCUUAUCUGAUGGAAGUCUUGCCGAAGAAAACCGCACUGACCCUGUUGGCGAUGACCAUCAUAUGCGGCUUCUCAAUGGGGCAAGGUUGCAUGGUUGCUGCGUCACGAGUUACCUAUGCCUACGCACGCGAUGGGUGCUUCCCCUACUCCAAGCUGUGGAAGCAGGUCCAUCCGUGGACCAAGACCCCUGUCAAUGCCGUAUGGCUCAAUGCUGUCGUGGGCAUUCUCUUGACCUUGCUCUUGUUUGGAGGCGAGGCCGCCAUCGGUGCAAUCUUCAGCGUCGGAGCUCUCGGAGCGUUUGUCGCUUUUACCAUCCCCAUCACGAUCCGCACAUUUUUUGUCGGUAGCCGUUUCCGACGCGGGCCCUGGCAUCUGGGCAAAUUCUCCUAUCCCAUUGGUGUUGCAUCUACUUGCUUCACCUUGUUGAUGAUACCUAUCCUUUGCCUACCGAGCGUGACUGGCUCAGACUUGGACGCCUCCCUGAUGAACUGGACAUGUCUCGUGUGGGGUGGUCCGAUGCUGAUGGUUCUGAUCUGGUGGAUUGUUGACGCCCACAAGUGGUUCAAGGGACCAAAAGUCAACGUCGAGCACGCAAUGCUUGGGAGAGAGGGCAACAUUCUCGAUGCCAAAGAUGGUGGUUCAGAUACAGGCUCUCAAAACUCUCCGAUUCCCACCAAGGAGGUUGGUAAAGCGGCCGAGGUGUAG